AUGAAGACCUUCGCAGUGUUGUGCCUUUGCGUCGCAGUAGUGAUGGGACUGCCGUCCGGCGACCGGUCGCUGCCGGCGGUGGAGCACAUCGACGAGCGCGACGAGCUCGGACAGUACACGCUGCGCUACGUCACCGCUGAGGGCACGGUGGUGUCCGAGCGCGGACGCUUCGUUCCCGCGGCGGACGGCGGCCGCGUGCUCGCAUACGAAGGCGAGUUCACGUUCGUCGGCGACGACGGCAAGACCUACGUCACCAAGUACACCGCCGGCGCCGAGGGUGGGUACAAGCCGGAGGGCGACCACCUUCCUAUCGCGCCCGAAGUCCCUGAUGUAUCCACUUUACCCACUGAAGCACCUAAGACUGAAGAAACCACGAUGCCUGAACUCGUUGUUUGA